CGGGGAGGCGGCAGGAUGAAGAUCUGGACAUCGGAGCACGUGUUCGACCACCCAUGGGAGACUGUAACAACAGCCGCCAUGCAGAAAUAUCCCAAUCCCAUGAACCCAAGUGUAGUUGGGGUGGACGUAUUGAACCGGCACGUUGACUCCAGCGGCAAACUGCACAGUGAGCGGCUUCUCAGCACGGAGUGGGGUAUGCCAUCCCUGGUCAAGUCGAUUAUUGGGGCAUCCAGAACAAACACCUACGUUCAAGAACAUUCCGUGGUGGAUCCCGUAGAAAGAACGAUGGAGCUAAAAUCCUCCAAUAUAACAUUCACAAACAUGGUGUCCGUGGAUGAAAGGCUUGUUUAUAAACCUCACCCCCAAGACUCUGGAAAAACCGUGCUCACGCAGGAAGCCAUCAUUACAGUGAAAGGGGUCAGUCUAAGCAGUUACUUAGAGGGAAUAAUGGCAAAUACCAUCUCUUCCAAUGCAAACAAGGGCCGGGAUGCCUUGGAGUGGGUAAUUGGCAGAUUAAAUGCUGAAAUUGAAGAUCUGAGAGCAUCGACCAGAAGCAGCAUAAGGUCGUCAAUGGCAGCAGCGGCGGUUGUGGAGAAAUGAUGUCACGGAAUGGGCCACAGUAGUAAUAGAUGUUAGAUGAUGAUACAGAGCAAGCCGUGGCUUCCCUCCACGCAGUUAAUCUAUUUAUUCUUAUUUAAGAAUGUAUCUUUAUUAAGUAGGAUUUCAAAUUGGACUUUGGAGGGAGGCAACGACUUUGGGGGAACAACAGUGACAUUAGGGGGACCAGCAGGCAUCCCUCCAUGGAUACGACUGGAUGCCAGCCCUUUCUAACAUGGCCAAAUGCCUAACUUGGUGUCGCGUGGUCUGAGAAUUGAAGAACCCCUUCUCUAAGGCUGAACUGGGGUGGCUAUGGAAAGAUUUCCAUUUCUUUUAAUACUGCCCAUGUUCAUUGUAUGGGACCAACAGUUCAGUCAUAAGCCCACCAAGUUACCCAUGCCUUUAACAGAAUAAUGCCUUUAUUCCGGACGCUAAGGCCUGCUGUUUGCCUGGAAACUUAGCAAAUCUUGUAUUGCCGCUAAAUAAAUUUAGGCUUAAGAAUGGUUAAAUGUUCCCUUUUAUUAUUAGUAAGAGUUUCCUUUAAUUCCUGGCAUUAAAGAGGCAACACAGACCUGUGUCCAACAUCAGCACUGUGGGUCUUUUAGUUUUACCCUGGGUACAUCUCCCACCCUCAUCUGUGUCUCAGAUUUACAGACAAGGAGGACUUCAUUAAAAAGGGUAUCUAAUUGGCAAUGGUAAUUUCAUUUAUGUCCUCAAUUGCUCUGGGGAACUAGGAGCCCAGAAAAUAAAAUGAAAUGCAAUAAUAUACAAAUGUCCAAAUUCAAAAUCAAGCAGUUAGCACAUUGACCAUAAGGUGUAUGUUGCCCACUUUCAAUGUGCAUAUAUAACCAGCUCUCAAUUGGAUACACAUUCCUGUAUUCACAGCAAGGAAAGUAAGCUUGUAUUGUAUUUACCCCACUCCCAGUGCUGCCAGUUCAGGUGAAAGCUACAGUCGUACAGUGCAGGUUAUAACAUCUAACAAUGAACCCCUUCUAGAAUACAAGGGUAGCCAGGAGUUUAUACUUUGUUACUUAACAAUAUCAGGGUUGGGCUGAGAGUUGUAGUACAACAACGUUGCUCUCCAUACCUAACCCAAAGGAAUGGUUGGAAAAUGUAUUGAAUGUUCCAAAGACAAACAAUGAAGGUGUUAUUAUUGAAGUACUGUGGGGGGGGGGGUAUUUAAAUGAGCAAUAUUAACAGCAGUGUUGGAGUCUGUCUAAUUGCAGGGAGAAUAAGCCUCACAUUUCAGCAGUGGUACAAAUGACACUUAGUUUUUGUUUAUCAUUUCUAUUUAAUAUAUAUAUGUAUACCUGUUAAUGUAACCAAUGUUCAGUGGUUCUGGGCAUCCAGUGAGAGAUCCGACUGAGAGGUACAAGUUCAGGCAGAGAAGAAAUGCUGGAAGAGAGAGAGAGAAAGAGCUGUGUGUGCUUUGUGCCAGCCUUGCAUGUAUGGACACUAACACGUACAUGGACAUUUUUGUAAAAUGAUCACUCCAGAGUUUAUUUUUCUAAAAAUAUUGUUCUUACUAAAAGGGAUGUUCUUUCAUCAACAAAGCCUAGUAAAAAUGUGAAAACCCA